CCAGGGCGGGAUCUGUUGGCUCGCCCUACCCUCGCCGCCUAAGCCUGCCCUCCACCAGACGGGUCCCCUCCCCGCGGCACCACGGCUUCCCUUCAACAGCCAGGCGACGGGGGCUUCCCCUCAGCAGCUGCCGGUGCCUCAGUCUCCGCAGCCAGCCUAGCUCCGCCGCGUCCGCGGCCCGCAGCCGCCAUGCAGUUUAUGUUGCUUUUUAGUCGUCAGGGAAAGCUUCGACUGCAGAAAUGGUAUGUCCCACUGUCAGACAAAGAGAAGAAGAAGAUCACCAGAGAACUUGUGCAAACCGUUUUAGCACGGAAACCCAAGAUGUGCAGCUUCCUUGAGUGGAGAGAUCUGAAGAUUGUUUAUAAAAGAUAUGCCAGUCUAUAUUUUUGCUGUGCUAUUGAGGAUCAGGACAAUGAGCUGAUUACCCUGGAAAUAAUCCAUCGUUAUGUGGAAUUACUUGACAAGUAUUUUGGCAGUGUGUGUGAACUUGAUAUCAUCUUUAAUUUUGAGAAGGCCUAUUUUAUUUUGGAUGAAUUUCUUUUGGGAGGAGAAGUUCAGGAAACAUCAAAGAAAAAUGUCCUUAAAGCAAUUGAGCAGGCUGAUCUCCUGCAGGAGAAAACAGAAAAUAUGUAUCACAGCAAGAGUUUCAUUGGGUAUAAGAAAGCAUACUAGAAUACGUGCUGGAGUACAGACAUGCAUCAAAAUGUACCACGCCAUGAAUAUUUUAAUGUCCCUGUGUACUAAUGACUGCUCAUCGACUAUGCAGAAUUUCACAGAGGAAAUAGAGAACUGAUAUACUUAUGAAAGAAAAUGUCCUCAGCUUGGUGACUAAUUCUCCUGUAAAAUAAUAUAUAGCAUCUUAGAACUAGUACCUUUAUGAUUGUAUUUUUUUCUGUGCCUAUUCUUAAUUCUAUUUAUUUUGUAUAUGAUAUUGACAUAGUUUUUUCUGUCUACUACUGAUUUCUUCUUGACAAAAUAUGACUUGUGAAUGUUUUGAUUAAUAUUCUGAACACAUACAAGUUAUCAUUAGUAAAUCAUCUGUGAUUAAUCUUAUGAGAGUAUAAGUGAAAGACCGGGGACAAUCACAAAUGUUUACCAAAGAAAACAGUUAGGAGCUCAGGCAAAAUUAGGCACACACAAUAUUUAAUGUAGUUUGAUCUUCCACUGUUGAAGAAAGCCAAGCUUUAUUUAGUGCUAAGAUUAUCUUACAGUCUGUAUGAGCUAAUAUGUUGGACUGUAUCACAUAAAAGUGUAUUUUGGAACAAUAUAAGAAAAAUCAAUUGUAUAAUUCUCUAAGAUCUAAGGUUAAAACAUUUCAAUUUUUAAGAAAUUUUGUAUUGCCAAUAUUUAUUAAGCCACAUUUGUGCAGUGUCAAAAGUCCCUUUAUGAACUGUCAGAAAACUAUGUCACAAAGUCUCCUGUAUUGUUGCUCAGUAACAGCCCUUGAGUCAGUAAUACUGAGCCUACCCAUGUGAUACAAAAAUUCAGAUAAUCAUUUUUAAUAUCCAAACAUUUAUAGUUUAUUAAUUAAUGGCUUCCUAAUUAAUAUAUUAAGCCUUCUUCUAAACAUUCAGUGAUGUGUUAACUAUGCUUGUAUAUUUUGGAAUACUAAAAACUUUUAAUAUUAAUUUUAUAUAAAUAUGGUUUUAAUAAGCAGCAAAUUGAGAGUUUAAAGCCUAAGUAAAUUUUUACUAAACAAUAACUUAGGAGGCAUGGUAGUGCAUGCCUGUCAUCCUAGUACUUGGGAGGCUGAGGCAAAAGGAAGAUGAGGUACUAUAGUACCUAGGGCAUCCCUGUCUCAAAAGACAAAAAAGCUAAGUAUGCCAAAAAACUCUAGUAACUUCAGAAGGUACCCAUACCAGUUUCCCACUGAAAGAAGAUCUAGGAAAUGUUUUAGGAAAUGCAGUGUUAGGCAGCUGUACAGCUCAGCGCUCUCCAUUGCCAUCUGCAACAUCACAAAGCAUUGGUCUUUCAUUUCCAUUUUUCCCAUCCUCCCACAUACAUGUUGUUCAUCUGAUUUUAAUGUUGCAUAAAUAUGCAUUGUCUCAUGCCUGUUUGUUUUGGUUGCUGUGUGCUGAGCUGUAAGAAAAUGUUGUGCUUUUGUGGGGGGAUUAUCUGUAUACAGCUGCUUGCUUUAAAUUAGCAGAUUCUGAAAUAGCUUUUCUUGCAUGUCUAAAAUAAAGUAUUGCAUGUAC